GUGUUUUCAACAAAAUGCAUAAUCUUUAACUCGAGCAAUCAUCUUAAGUGAUAGCUGAAGGUCAAAGCAGAAGUCCAUUUUUAAUUCAUUAUCUAAUGGAUUCAUUAUCCGAAUGAAUCGCGAAAAUGUCAGCGCGAUGUCGACUCUUAUUCUAGUCGAACAAAGAAAGUAGAGAGCUGAACAAUUUGUCAUAUACUUAAUAUUCUUUGCGUGGAAGAUUAUUAAAAAAUGACUACGAAGAGUUUCAACGAGGCGACCGCGUUUGUAACUGUGAUAAAUCGCGUAUGGGCACUGAGAAAUUUUACGAGACCCGAAAACAAAAUCAAAUUCUUCUUCAGUUGGUUGUACAAUAUUUCCGUUCUGUGCUUGUCUGUCGCGAUCAUACUUUGCGUCGAAUUAGCUCAGUUCUCUCAGUUAGAUUAUGAAACGGAAGGCAUCGUAUACAGAUACAUGAUAAUACUUUAUUUAUUCGGACUUACGUGCAUCUUGAUUCUGGGUUGGUAUCACUCGAAGGUAAGGUACCAAUAUUUUUAAUAAAAAAAAUAUAAAGUUUGAAUAAAACUUAGAAUCGAAAUUUAUGAAUGUAACGUGUAGGACGUUAGAUGUAAUAGAAUCCUUCCAGGAUGUGUUGAGGUAUAAAGAACUCCUUCGCAAAGUGGAAGAAGAUUUACAAGCAUUGGGGUCGACGCAUAACUACCACAGAGCUUUUCUUCAAAUCGUGAUAUUUGCAAGCUUCUGGCUUUGCGCCAUGAUCGUAGUAUGCGCACUAUACGUGAAAUGGUUAAAAAAUAAAUCAUUAAUAUACAUAGCAUUUACUUUAUAUAGUUAUACGUAUGGACAGAGUGUUGGAUGGAUCUUGCUUCUUGACUUCAAGACAAACGUAUUUUGGAUAGGAAUAAAAUUUAGGGAGACGAAUAAGCAUCUGAAUGCGCUUCUCGUCAAGUAUAAUCGAAAAGAUGUUGAUACGAUCAGUGAAUCCCUUCAAAAUUCUCACGAUCAGCUUGAACCUUAUUCUCCUCGAUCGAAAAUUUCUUCUGAAAAUUUCGCGUUUAAUUCAACCUACCGACCACAGUCCACCAAAACGAUAUUUCGACAGGUCAGAUUCGUGCAUCAACAACUGUGUUGCGUAACAAAGAUAUUAAGCAAAACUUUCGACUCGCAAUUAUUGAUAGUGUCUGCCAACACAGUGGUGUAUGUCACUAUAGUCUGCUACUAUUUAUGCAUCGAAGUACGUAAAACAAUGUCCAUAAAGAAUCCGGAGGUAAACUUACUUACUGUAUUCAUAAUCGAUGCAAUCUUCGAUUUCACGAAAAUGUGCAUAGUCACUCGUGACUGUGAAUAUGCAAUGAAACAGGCAAACAAAGCAACAGCGAUCGUCCACGAGUUCGCUUUGUGUCAAGCGGACACGGAAUUAAAAGAAGAGAAAAUACGAACGAUGAUCGCACUAUUUAAAGACUACGAUCAAACCCUGGACAAGAUAGGUUUACCAAAACAAUAUAACUCGAUCUACUGGUUUCAAUUUUACCAUUUUGGAUUUGGAACAACGCUAGUUAUUGUUUAUUCGAUACUUCCAGUUGCAUCUAUCGACUUACCACUACUUCAGGCAAUAUUUUCUGCGUUAUUCUUUAAUUUUUCAUUUAUAGUCGUCAACGCGUGCAAUGUAUCCUUCUGUGUUUGGAUUAGAUACCUCAGGUUGAGAUUCGAACAAUUGAAUGGUCUUCUUCGAUGUAUACGAACGAAGAAGUCGGAUAUGCUUCGGAAGAAACAGAUCAUGAGAAUGAACUACGAUCUUGAUAAUAAAAUGUUCGACCCAUUCGAGGACGAGGACUUUCGGAGGAAUAAAGGAAACGCGGUAACGAUGAGUAUAGUAAAACGUUCACACCUGGAAUUAUUUAAAAUUGCCAAUGCAGCGAGUAAUACAUAUGGACUACAGUUACUUAUGAUGAUAGCCACCGCGUAUUUUUUCCUUACAACCUUAUUUUACGCAACCUACAGAAUUAUAUGGAUAUCUUCCACUGCAAACAUGUCAAUGCUACAAGUAUGUUCACAGUUAGUAGUGCCUGUGAUCAUACUCAUAUUCUUUGGAUAUCAAAUAUUCAUCACAAGCCAUAAUUGUGGUAAAGUCAACAGUCAGGCUAUAGUCACUGGUCAAAUUAUUUGCAAGCUCUAUGGAUCAUAUGCCUGCAAAAUACUUAGAGCAGAGAUUCGAAAUUUUACUCUGCAACUGGUUCAGAACCCUCUGACUUUUACAGUUUAUGGAUUAUUCACAAUGGACCGUUCAUUCCUUUUAAGAGUCAUCCAAUCAAUCUCUACAUAUCUUGUGAUAUUGAUUCAAGUGGGAGACACAGUAAUUCAAUCUGUUCGUACAUUGAAGAACAGGAAUUACACAGCUGCAGUUGAGUCACUUUGAAAUUGCUCUUAGUUGCAAUUACAUUAAUAUCACUUGCAUAUUAAAUUUUUAGUUGUCUAAGUUAUUAAAUUUUAUUUAAGAUUUUAUGAACUAGGA